UACACAAUGCUUUCAAUACACAGAAGGAAUUAUACAAACUAGUUUCUUUUUAUAAAAAUAUAUUGUAUAUGAUAUAAAGUGGAAAGUUUUCUAGAACGCAGUUAAUCUGUUACAAUGAGGCUUGUAUGGUACUCGUGUCUUGCCCUUUUCGGUUUGAUUACAGCUAAAAAAUUUGGUUGUGACAAGAAUCUGGAUCCUGCCGAUGAUCCGAAAAAUAUCGAAAGACCUUGUCCGAACUUCGACUUAGACUGUAUUCGAGAAUAUUUCUCUAGUAAUUCAAAAUGUCAAAUAGCACGGGAGCCAGUACCGGAUCCACUGCUUCUCAACCAUUACAGAUUAAACAUAGCAAAUUCUAAUAUAACUAUGGAACUCAAUAAUGUAGAAGUCGGAGGUCUUAAUGGAAAUAUUGUUGAGUUUUAUAUAAACAAAGAAACUCAGAAACUGGUAUUGGUAAUAGAAGUGGACUCUGUAAGAUUGGAAUCGAUACAAGUAACAUUCAAGUACAAUAGAAAGGCUAAAGAGCCCAUUGUGAGAAGUGAUAAUGCCACGUGUGAUUACGGACCUAUGAGUUUUACUGUCGUGUUUCCGAGCAUCUGCGAUCUUGAUUUGAACAACGCCGAAGUUUUCACGUACGUUGAGGAUUGUAACACGAAAUAUACAAUGGGAAUAGGUCUAUAUUCCAGUUUGGAUCGUGUAGCCGAAAGAGAGUAUCAGAAACUGAUAGCUUCUAUGCCAGGUGCCGUUCUAGAAAGUUUUAUCACGGAAGGAAAAAUUUUCAUGGACCAUUACAUACAAUACAAUAUCUGCAACUUUGGAUUAGAAUUAGGCUGUGAAUAAAUUAACAAUUUAUACAUUAAUUGAAUGAAAUCUACUGUUACGGUUUAAUCUCGCG